CGGCUCGAGCGCGCGCCCCCAGCACGGGGCGCCGGCCGGCCGCCUCUCCGCUCCGGGCGCUCGACAGCUUGCAGCUGGCUCGCAGGAUCGUGUCAGGCGGCCUGGUCGGUCCAAUGGUGUUCGGAUUUGGGGGCUCCAGCGCUCCCGACCAGCAGUCGAUGCUGGAGAAGGGCAACAACAGCAGCAACAGCCUUCCGUCAACAUCAACGCGCCCUGGGUGGGAAGAGUACAACAAGGCAGAGCAGGUCAACGCGACCGGCUGCAUAGGUGGCGAGGACCCAGAGAAGUGCACCUUCAUUCACAAGCUGAAGUGGGACCUGGCGAACAGCUACUAUUGGACCGGCAACUUCGUCAGGGACUAUUUCUUCUUCAUAAUGCAGUGGCACCCUCUGCUCGGCAUCCUCAUGUGCCACCCGAACCACCCCUGGACGAAGGAGCAGAGGUUCUACAUGUUCCUCAUCUCGGCGGGCCUGACGUUCAUUCCAUCCUCGGGCUGGCUCGGGUGGGUCAUCGUGCGGCGGCCAGCCGUCGGGGCGAAGGGCGCCCGGUGAAGAGCCUGGGGAG